AGCUGUUUCGGCACCAGCGCACAACUCAGAUUUUGGAAAGAUCUAUUGCGUUUGUCAAUAGUUCAGAUGCCGCAUCUUCGUUACAGUAGAGAACCGAAGUUGACUAAGAGGCAAUCGAAAUUCUGAAGAGAAAUUAAAUGGACUAAAUGUACAUGGAUAGGAUCGGGUAAAGUGCUUCUGGCUUUCUUAAAUAUUUUCAUUGCAACUACGUCGGUCCCUAGAUUUCCUCAUUUUCAUUGUAGGGGUCUGGAAGUGAGAAGCUGAAGUCACGAGGUCAGCGAAGACAGCGGAUUGGGCCAGGGUGUUUGAUUGACAGUGCAACCAGGGUCGACAAUGGGGAGGAAACUUGACCUGACGGGCCUGACGGAUGACGAGGCGGAGCACGUCCUGCAGGUGGUGCAGAGGGACAUGAGGCUCAGGAAGAAAGAGGAGGAGCGCCUCAGUGAAAUGAAACAGGAGCUGGACGAGGAGGGCAGUCGCUGCUCCUUGCUCUCUCGACAGCACCGCUUCAACGAGCGCUGUUGCAUCCGCUGCUGCUCCCCCUUCACCUUCCUGCUGAACCCCCGGCGCCAGUGUCUGGACUGCCUGUACAACGUCUGCAAGACCUGCCGCUCCUACAGCAAGAAGGACAAAGCCUGGGUCUGCUCCGCGUGCCUGAAGGGCAGACUUCUGAAGACCCAGUCCCUGGAGUGGUACUACAACAAUGUGAAGUGUCGCUUCAAAAGGUUUGGCAGUGCCAAGGUGCUAAAGACACUAUACAGGAAACACCUGGCGGAGCAAGGGACACUGGGAGAACUCACUGAGGGCAGCACGUACGAGGAGAGCAUCGGCAAUGAGGGCAGCGUCUGCAGUGACAGCACCUUCUACAGGCAGAGUGAAGAACACAGCAUGGCAGACACUCUCACUGUGGCACUGAGGGUGGCAGAAGAGGCCAUCGACGAAGCCAUCACCAAGGCAGAGGAACACACUGACAGCCUGGACAAGCAGAACGAGAUGAAGUACCUACUGGACCACAGAGAGGAGCUGAUUGGGGAACUGGCCAGAACCAUUGUUCAGAAGAUUAUCCGGCAGAAAAAGAACCUGGCCGCGAUAAAUCCAGACUAUGACUUGGACUGGCCCCCGGACAACCAAAGCGGUGACGAGGCCUUGGCGUCGAGCUCCCCGAGCUCCCAGUCUCCCGGCACCCUGAGCACGGCCGGCCGGGCCAAGGCCUCACUCUGGGUAUGCUUACAGGAAAGAUGCUCACCGUUGGUUGACGGUCAAAGCAACGAUCACCAUCUGAGGUGUGAGACAGCAGCUCAUUUAGACCGCAAACAGCCAUGUUCUAACUCGGCCGCUAACGCAGUUCAGCGCGGGUUCAAAACCAGUACGGAUCGAGUACCGAAACAGUGCAGAACCUACUUACUGUUUAAUCCUAUGUAUUUACCUCAGCGGUCUCGUUCUGCCUUCUCCCUGCUGGAUGGCCACGUUGUGAUGCAGUCUUCUGGGGUUUGCCAGGAGACUCAGAAGGGGCUGGAGAAGGGAGCAGCAGCGGGGUUGGCCAGCUGGAAGAGUGUUGACCGCCUGGACAAUUCUAGUGCGUCCUCAGUGCUGAAGAGCCCAGACGGGAACUGGAUCGCCUUGCAGAGCACCCAGCUGUCCCGGCCCAGCCUGCUCACCAAGAGGAAGUCGCUGUUAUUCAGCGUCCUGGAGAGGGAAUCAUGUGCGAUCUCUGCCUACGACGAGAUGGGCUCCGACGAGCCGGAGGGCAGCGAAGGGCCCUGGGGCGCCGCCCUGCUGGAGAUACGCAGGAAACUGACCUCCAACACCAACCGAAGGUCUGAAGCUCCAGGCGGCCAGGUGUCCUCUGACCCAAAUCCCAUUGUGCCCUCGCCGGGCCAGCACGCCACCACAGACAUCCAGUCAGAGCCUGAGGCCCGAGGAGGUCUGGUUGAAGGUCCGCGCCCGAAGGCCAAAAAGCCUUUGUUCUCUUUCCUGAAGAGGAAGGUGGCAGAAGAGCAUCGGCAUGGCCCAUCAACACGUCGGUCGUCUCGACCGGGACUCUUUGACGUCAACUUUAACCCCGAGGGGGCGGGCCUGAAGGCAGAGAGCAGCGAGGCUGAUGAGCUAGAGGAAGCGGGCUCGGUCAGGAGAUCACGGAGGAAGAGGAGGAGUAAGAAGGAGCAUGAGGAGGAGUACAGCAACGUGCUCCUGGACGCCCUGGUCAAGAAACGAAGCGUGAAGAAGACCAGCCCGUCCAGCACUGUCACCCCGGACGCUCAGAAGUCCGACGACGGCUUGACUUCUGGGGCGCUGACCCCUGAACCCUGUGGUCUGGAUGGGGAGGCCCCUGAGGGCCAAGGCAGGGGGAGUGCCCCUCUGGAGCAGGAACUGACAAGCAGACUGAAAGAGUUGGCCCGACAAAGCAGGCUGUCAUCGAGUGACGAUGAACUGGACAGACCCGAAGAGGACCAGCGUGGGAGCAGGGGAAGGAUAGAAGGAGAUCAGGAUGAGGAGAUGUUAUGGCAAAUGGAGAUGGAGGGAGGUAGGGACAGGUCACACAGUGAAGGAGAGAUGGCGGAAAUGAGGGAGGCAGGUGGCGGAGGCGAUAUGAAAUUGACACUAAUCACGCUAGCUAGUCAGAUUAGAUGCACCGAGUUCUCAUCGACCGAGGACGAGUUGGACAGGGCUGGUAAGGAAGAGGAGGAAUGGGAAGAGAGAGGAGACCGGGCGGAAGAGAGUGAAGAAGACAGGGAGGGAGACCGAGAGGAGCUCACUGCCAGGUUGUGUAGGCUGGCUGGCCAAGUGUCACAGUUCUCCUCCACAGAGGACGAGCUGGACCAAAUGGGCCUCAGCGAUGGAGAGACGUACCAGAAUAGUGAAGGAAUGGACGGAGAGGAAGAGCUGACAUCCAAGCUGUGCAGACUGGCUAGCCAGGUCAGCGCAACACAGUUCUCAUCCACAGAGGACGAGCUGGAUAGAGUAGGCCUGGAUGAUGAUGACGAGAUGGAGGGAGAAGGGGACGAGGGAGGAGGAGAGAGGGAAGAGGUAGACCCACGGGCAUUGUGGGAAAUGGAAGGUGAUGAAGAAAAACAGACUUUUAAGCUGAGAGACCUGGCCAGCCUUGUCAGUGCCUCCCAAUUCUCCUCCACAGAAGACGAACUGGACAGAGUGGGAGAGGAGGAGGGAGAGAGAGAAGAGGAGGAGACUGCAGAGAGGAGCGAAGAAGACAGAAGGGAGUUACCCUAUGGACGGGAAGAGUUUGUUGGAGACAGUGGAGGAGAAAUUAGGGACAUGUGGAAUGGAAGGAGAUGGGGAGCGAUAGAGGGAGAGAGGAGCGGGGAGAUGGAGGGGAGGAUGUUGAGCGAGGAGAGGAAAGACAGCAUCGGGGAACUGGACGCCAGACUGUUUGACUUUGAUGAUGAAAGUGACAGAGAGGAGCUCCCAUAUGAGGCGACAAACCAAGAGGCAGCCACAGAGGUACAGACAAUGACGGAGAACACAUUUACGGGAGGAGGAGAAGAAAACGGAGGCCCAGAGGAAGCAAAGAGAAAGACGGAAGGAGGGGUGGGAGACGGAGCGGUGGGAGGACAAGAGCGAGAGCGAAGCGACAGCAUGGACACUUUGGAGGGAGAGGAGGCAUUUGAUAACGUUAUCAGUGGACUAGUGAAUGCACUCGUUGGCAUCGACACAGAGACGGAGGCAGAGACGGAGGCAGAGACGGAGGCAGAGAUGGAGGCAGAGACGCAGGCAGAGACGGAGUCAGAGGCCGAGGCAGAGACGGAGGCAGAGACGGAGGCAGAGGCGGAGGCAGAGAUGGAGGCAGAGACGGAGGCAGAGACGGAUGGAGUGAGGAGGAUGGGAGAGGUUGAGGUAGAGAUGAAUGAAGAGAUGGUGAUGGAAGACAGAGAAAGGGACAAGAAUAGCAUAAAAGCUGUGGAAACCGGGCUGAAUGAAGAAGAAUUUAUUGAUGAACUUCUACUUGAUAAGAUGCUAAUGCUCUGGCCGCUAUCAGACCCGAGAGGCUCUUUGGAUAAGACAAGACUCAAACCUGAAGAGAAGACAGGAGGGAAAGAGGAGGAUGAGGACGCAGAGGCGGAGAGAGAAAUGAACACGUUUGGUAACACCGUAUAUGUGGUUGAGAAAGGUCGAGAGAAUUCCGGAGAGGAAGAAGAGCUGACGGAAAAGGAGACACACCGAAGUCCCGUACCCGAGAAUUUAGACGAGAGAGUAGAGAAAGUAUCAGAGCAGACAACCAGCCAGACACUAGAGGAGCUGGAAGAAGGGCCAAGAGAGAGGCUGGAAGGAGUAUACAAGGCCAGGGAGGUGACAGGUCAGACGAGCCAGAACGAGAGCAAAGUUCUUGUUGAAAGAGAAGACGAGAACAAUACGGACGGGGAAGAGAAAGGAAGUGAGGACGACAGCGUUAAGGAGCCAGGGGACAGCACCCCUUGUGUUCAGAAGGAGAUACUGUCGCCACUAGAAAUCCAGAAUAGGUACUCAGCGGUUUCCCUGCGCAGCAUCACCACCGAGGUGCUGAGGGUGUUGAACGCGACAGAGGACCUUCUUCAGGGGAUGGAGGGGGUUGACUAUGACCGUUCCCCGCCCUACACCCCCACCCGGCGCCCAAGUGCUGACCCCAAGAGGCUGGACGAACAGCUCAGCAGACUGGAGGAGAAUGUGUACGUGGCCGCGAGCACGGCAUACGGCCUGGAGGCGGAGCUCGGCGACCUGGAGGCAUGUGCCCGGGCCAUCAGUGGCGCCACCCCAGAUCUGGAGCUGUCCUACCUGGAAGAGCAGGUGGCGUCGGCGGCCGCCCAGGUCCACCAGUCGGACCUCCAGGUGUCAGACAUCGCAGCCAGGAUCACAGCUCUGAAGAACGCAGGUCUCAACGUUGUCCCACACAACCGCUUUUCUAAGCCUAAGAAAGAGCCCAAGCGGAGAAUGUUGGCCUCAACCCGGGAAAAGAGGAGGCGGCUACCUGCUCCGCCCUCGAUGGACAAAGAAACCCAAUCCGGACUGAUGAGGCAAGCUGACCGUCGGGAGCCCUUGCUUUGAGCACUCAGGGCGGUCCAGUUUAAACCAACCAUCGGGACACUAUAGAGUGGUCAGUCUGACAGUAUUACCACAAAGACAGGAGUUGUAGAUUUCGUAAUAAAUGUAUGAAUAAAUAGUACAUAAUGUCAUGUAAAAAUAGAAGCAUGUUAAUAAAAAUAAAUAAAAAAGAUUGGUUUUGUAUAGAAUAUUUAUCUUAAGAAAAUGCUUGUGAGUCAAUCAUCUCUUUGUUUUGGACCUUUUAUCUAAUAAUUGACCGAAUACCCUCAUAUGGCAUUGAAGAGUAUUUAAGAUAUUUCGUCCCUUGACAAUGGACACUCACAAGCUGUGGUUACUGUCUGAGAGCUGUGAUUACUGAUUGUUUUAACAUGUUUGAUCUAUUGUUGUUAUAGGAACAAAUAUAUUGGAGACAUCUAUCCCGAGAAGUGCUAAAUGAUAUUCUUAAUCAUUGAUGAUAGUUGCCUGUUAAAUAUGUUUAAUACAGUACAUUGCUCAUUUAGUAUUUUCAGUCCCACGAUAAAGGUCUAGGGUCAUUAGUUAUUUGUAACAUUGUACAUUUUAAGUUUGAUUUUAUAUUGUAUAUG